CUCCUCCUCUCAGCUGACUCUGGAGCAACAAACCAGAACCCGCAGCUGCUGUCAUUAAAGCCUUUAACCGGCCGGCGUUACAGUCUGCUCAAAAAAGUAGAACCGAAUCAUCGAUCGUUUUUACAGGAUGGUAUCGUGUUCAGAUUCACCUCGCGAGCGAUGAAUAAAACGCGCGCCGAGGGGACCGGACGGAGACCGGCGGCGGUUGUGUUUGCUCCGUGCUGCUCAGUACCGCUUCUCGGGCUCGUCAGAGGAUGGAGCGCUGGUUAAGAGGGGAUGGCAAGCCGUCCGUGUCCCGGUUUCUCCUCGGUCCUGUUCUCGUCCUCUCGCUCCUAGCGGUACAAGCUAGCUGUCACAGAACCUGCACACACAGAGUCCCCUCCGGCCGCGAGGUUGUCCAUCAAGUGUACUUGAAGCCUGAGCGGUUAGCGAAGAGAAGUUCUCCUGACGACCUGCAGCUAAAGAUAAAGAUCAUCUACGACAGCAGCGUUGACCAACUUCCUGCUGACAAGCGGAGACUGGUGAAGGACAAGCUGUUUCCUCAGGCCAUCGACUACCUGCAGAGGGCGUUCAGCUUGAGGCGCAGGGUGGGACCCGUGCUGCUCAGCAGACAAUGUGCAACCAACCAGUACAUGAGGAAGAGAGGUGACCCUCAUCGAUACUGCCAGGACGCCUGCGCAGACGUCACCCGGUGCGGUCCUGUUGUCGUACCUCAGCACCACCUGCAGCAAUGUAAGGUUUGCAGCGAGUCUGGGAAGUCCUGUGGCCCAGCGGGGCCCCCGGACGGCCCCGGGGUGGAGGGCUCAGACUUCGUGCUGUACGUUAGCGGCAUCACCACCGAGCGGUGCGGACAGGAGAACAUAGUGGCCUACGCUGCCUACUGCCAGCUGGAAGCAGAGCUGGACCGGCCCAUCGCAGGUUAUGCCAACCUGUGUCCAGCCAUGAUCUCAUCUCAGCCUCAGGAGUUUGAAGGAAUGCUCUCCACUGUCAAACAUGAGAUCAUUCACGCUCUGGGGUUUUCGGCCGGUCUGUUUGCCUUCUACCACGACGACGAGGGCAAACCUCUGACUCCGCGCUUCGCCAGCGGCCUUCCCGCGUUCAAUGAGAGCCUGGGCCUGUACCAGUGGAGCGAGGCGGUGAUCAGGAGGGUCAGCCGCCUGUGGGACAUCAGAGGAGGAGAGAUGGUGCGGCACCACGUCCACGUCCUGGUCACUCCUCGGGUCGUGGAGGAGGCCAGGAGGCACUUCAGCUGCCCCAUCCUGGAGGGGAUGGAGCUGGAGAACCAGGGCGGGACGGGAACCGAGCUCAACCACUGGGAGAAGCGGCUGCUGGAGAACGAGGCCAUGACGGGCUCCCACACCCAGAACCGGGUGUUUUCCCGCCUCACGCUGGCCAUCAUGGAAGACAGCGGCUGGUACCGGGCCAACUACAGCCUGGCCCAGAGGCUGGACUGGGGCCGCGGCCUCGGCUGCGACUUCGUUAUGAAGAGCUGCAAGUUCUGGAUGGACAGACAGAGACAGAGGCGGCACCCUGUGACCCCGUUCUGUGACACGGUGCGGGCCUCUCCUCUGCAGCUGACCUGCAGACAGGACCAGCUGGCAGUGGCUGUCUGCAACUUACAGAAAUACCCCCAGCAGUUGCCCCUGGAGUACCAAUAUUUCGAUCGGAUCCCGGAUGUUGCUGCAGAUCAGCUGUCGUCCUUCGGGGGCGCUGUGGAGAUCGCCGAUUUCUGCCCCUUCAGCCAGGAGUUCAGCUGGCACCUCAGCGGAGAAUAUCAACGAAACUCGUACUGCAGAGUAUCGGAGAACCAGCCGGACUCAUGGAGGAAUUAUGGAGCGGAGCAGUACGGCCCGGAUUCUGUGUGUCUGUACCAGAAGUCGGCCUUCGUCAUGGAGCAGUGCACCAGGAAGAUGACGUAUCCAGACUGGGGCUCCGGAUGCUACAAGGUUUCCUGCUCGCCUCAGGGCCUGACGGUGUUCGUUCAGGACCGCUCCUUCCUGUGCGUGAGGAAAGGUCAGCAGCUGAGCGUCAGCGUCCGGGUCAGGGACUGGGUUUACAACGGGGUCCUGCUCUGCCCCGCCUGCACCGACUUCUGUGACGACUGCCCCCUGCCCCACCAGCUCCUGCCCAUCAACGCCUCCCGGAGCAACCCCAUUGAUCCCUGCUCCAGUUCUCCAGGUCUGGCCAUCACUCUCUGGCUCCUUCUGCUCAACCUGCUCCCUUUAGUGGCUGGACUGCUGAUCUGCCACUGGAGCUGAUGAAACACACACACACACACACACACACACACACACACACACUCUCACAAUAAGGUAGCUAAAACUCUUCUGUACUGUAGCCCUCAGAGGACUUGAUGACACACCUUGUUUUUCUUCUGUAUUUGGUUUUCUUUCCUUUAACCUGAAGCUGGGAAAAAACAACCUUUUUACAUCCCUGACUCUCUCCCUCUCUCUGCUCCUACACUUAUUGUUUCCACCUUCGACUCAACGUUUUUCCUCUCAGGAUCUUUGCUCUUCCAUUCCUGUGUUUUCGGGUUUUUCCAAUGACGAAACUGUCUGUGUCUCUCGAUACCGUCUGCCGCAGACGGGUGUGUUUACAUGCACUUCAAAAACCUGGUUACACUCUUUUCUUUCACAUAGAGAACCCUGGUCACUGUAAUCAGAAUGUAAACACUGCAGACACACCUACACAUUUCUAAAGGUUAUCACUGGCUAGGGGAGGUACGCUUAUUUAAAUCUGGCAGCUUAUUGUGGUUACUUGCACAGUUUUCCUUGCAGGUAAACUGUUCCUAUUAAAGGGAAUGUGCAUGUUAUGAA